GACACAGGAUUGUUUACUUCCGUGUUGGUGAGCAGCAUGGAUCCAGACGUUUGUGUUAUGUUUGCUGUUCCGGGCCCGUCCCUGAUACGACUUUCCGAUACAAUUGCAUGCGUGUCUCAAGAAUUUAACAGAAAACAGCUUGAUGCAUUUGAUGCACAGAUAGAAUCUAUUUGGGAGAACAGAAGACGUGAAAAUCCCAAAUUAUUUAACGGGACGAAAUUCCGUUUACACUCUGUUUCAGAAGAUUCUGAUGAUGGUCCAGACUGUAGAAUAACCUUUAACUUAGGUAUUACAUGUUAUAGAGAUUUUAUCAGUACUAACUGGGCACCAAAUGCAAAGGAAAUAGCACAACUUGGUGAACAAUAUUAUAGCAACUCUCAAGCAUUCAUGUCGGAUGCUAUGGGAGUUGGUGCCUUAGUACAAACCACAGACAAGCAUGUAAUAUUCUUGAAGAGAAGUAUCCACUGUGGGGAAGCGAAAGGGCUAUGGGACAUUCCAGGAGGACAUGCAGAACCACAGGAGUUGGUUGGGAAACUUCCAGUUGAGAACAUUGACGUGACAAAAAUGGACCCUGUAAAAGUGAUAGAAGAGAUGUUUGAUUCUAUAAAAAGGGAGGUAAUAGACGAAGUAAACAUUCCAAGUGCUUGCUUGUCUGAACCAGAACUCUGUGGUAUUGCCAGAAAUACAACUGCAGCUGGUAGACCUAGUGUGGAAUUUGUCAUCAGAUGUUCUCUGGACUCUGAUGAGGUCAAGGCCAAAUAUCACCAAGGUAGCCAAUCAGAAGCAGAUGAAUCCACCAGUAUAUGCCUACUGCCCUUGGAAACAGUGAUAGAGAUGAAAUCAGAGGAUGAAUUUUGGCAGAAUAUGGCUCCUUCUGCCAAAGGUUGUAUUGUGCUAUACCGUCUGUACUAUCAAAAACUCAUGGAUGUAGAACAUUCUCAUCAAAAUAUCUGAUUGUCACAGAUCUGAUGUGCAUUUUGAUAUUUUGAGGUGUGGAAUACUUUGGAUCUUGGUCAAAAUAAUGUGUAGACUAUUUGUAAUAUUGAUGGUACAGAGAGAUGUGUGUUAAUAAAGGAAGUCUGUGUA